UAUUAGUAGCAAAUAAUAUAUAAAUAUUUUCUCCCAUUAUCAAGAAAAUAAAUUUAAUUUUCUAAACAAGAAGAUUCGUAGUAUUAUUUUGCAAGUUCUAGUGAAUGAACUUUUGAAAUAAACUAGAUAUAAAAAUGCUGAGAAAAGAAGAGCCACCAUUGGAAUUGUUGGAAAAAAUAAAAAUAUUUCUUGCGGUGCACUGGCAAGGUGUUGUAUGUUUAUUAACGCCAAUUGUUAUAAUACCUAUUCUCCUCCCAUUUCCGCCUCAACCAUAUCAAUGGUGCGCGUAUACCCUUGUACUUAUGGCUACAUACUGGGUAACUGAGUGCAUCCCAUUGGCCGUUACGUCUUUUCUUCCUGUUCUUAUUUUUCCACUCGCCGAUGUUAUGUCUACCAGUGAAGUUAGCAAAGCUUAUAUGAAUGACUCGAUUGUAAUGUUUCUGGGAAGUUUAAUUUUAGCUUAUUCUGUGGAACAAUCUGGACUGCAUAAACGAAUGGCAUAUUUUACAAUUCGGACUAUUGGAUAUUCUCACCUCAGAUUAUUGGGUUCACUGUGCAUAGUGACAACAUUCGUAUCGAUGUGGAUUACAAAUACAGCGGCUACAACCAUGAUGGUACCGAUAAAUUUUGCGUUAUUAAAAGUUUUUGAUGAUCAAAAAAUUAUAACUAUGUAUGAAACAAAUGCCGAUGGAGAGAAAUUUGCCUCAGAUAUAACGUCAUGUUACUUCUGUGCCACUACGUUUUCAGCUACUAUUGGUGGAAUAGGCACUCUAGUUGGUACUGCUACAAAUUUAGUAUUUAAGGGAUUAUUUCAAAACGCUUACCCAGAUGCACCCGAAUAUUUAUCUUUUCCAAAAUUUUCUGCCUUCGCAGUGCCAUACAUGAUCAUCAUGGAGAUAUGUGUAUACCUUUAUUUGGCAAUAGUAUAUUUUGGAUUUUUAAGACCUAAAAGCGCAGCUGCAAAGCGAGCAAAAAUUCCACAAACUGGCAGAGAGGCAGCACAAAAAGCAAUCGCAGAAGAUACCAAAAAAAUGGGAAGAAUAUCGUUUUGGGAAAUUAUGGUAAUAAUCUUAUUUGGUGGUGCUAUGGUGAGCUUCUUCUGUCGAUCUCCUCAAAUAUUCGAAGGUUGGGGAGACAAAAUAAUCCAGCACUUUGAGCUGACUGACAAAAGAUUUGUUCGAGAUUCAGCCCUAGCCAUGUUUGUAUCAUUUCUAAUGUUCCUGUUACCAUCGAGUCUAAAAAUUAUAAUGAACUGCAAAGCUAAAUUUUAUGAAGAUCUUCCAAAAGGACCUGUGACAUCAGUAUUAGAUUGGAAAACAUUGAAUACAGUUAUGCCCUUCAGUUUCAUGUUUCUUUUAGGAGGUGGGUUUGCCUUAUCUAAUGCGGCAAAAAAAACAGGACUAAAUGACAAAAUAGGCGAAUCAUUACGCGGAUUAUCUUCUACACCAAAUCUAGCAGUACUCUUGAUAAUAAUAAUCGUUGUAAUUUGUGUUACAAAUUUUUGUUCUAAUGUGGCAGUUGCAAAUGUUUUUUGCCCAAUAGUGAUGCAGUUGGCAAAAGAAAUUAAUAGGAAUCCUUUGUGGUACAAUAUCGCGGCUGGUUUUUCUGCAUCGUACUGUUUCUUGCUGCCCGUUGGUACUCCAGGGAAUUUGAUCGUUCAAAGCGCAGCAUCAAUUCCUACUAAGAAAAUGAUAAAAGCCGGAUUAGGUCCAACAAUAACCACAGCAAUAAUAACAUGGAUCGCAAUAGCAUUCUGGGCACCGGUUAUAUGGCCAGAUUUACACUUGAUGCCAGACUGGAUCGGGUCAGGAACUCCUGGUGCCUAAAAUGUAAAUUAAAAACUAACACGAAAUUCGUCAAUGAACAGUGUCUCCAAUUAGAAGAAAGAUAUAUUUUUAUUUUUAUUCAUAUUGCGUUUAAUUAUACCGCAAUAUAAAAGUUUCGAAUGAGGUGUAUGUUGAUGAAAUGCAAAUAUUUUGUUUGUAACACCAUGAUGUCAACAAACUGCAAAGUUAUUCCUAUACCUGAAAAAUGGGGUAUAAUAUAAAAUAUGCCACUAUAAUUAAGUCUAAGUAUAGAGAUUGAUUCUAUUGAAUGGAAUUAUAAUAGUAAAGUUUCAUUAAUGUGAAGAGAGUAGAAAGGCUUGUUUUAUAUUUUCUCGAAAAUUACUAAAUAAUGAAUAAAUUUCUAUUUCCCUGAUCUAUAUAUCAGUACUAAGUUUUAUUUCUAGAGUAGUUAUGUUUUAAAACAGAAAAAUAUAUGUUUUGUUCUUUAUUUAUUUUUACUAAAAUAGUGUAACUAACUACUAAGUUAA